UUUUUGCUAGUAAAUAGUGUGCUUGUUGGUGUGUACAUAUACAAAUUAUUAAAUAAUGAAGCAAGAACAACAGCAGGAAUCUAUCAAGAACGACUUGAUAUCUCAAGUGAACAGCCAACCACUUGUUAACAAUGAGAUUGCAGACUACGCGCAACAAACUUUGUUGGAUGUCAAUAGUCAACCUAUCAUUCAUAACCUGAUGCACUCCCAUCCACCUCACAUACUAAGACCACAUACACCUUCAGAAGAACUCCUUCAUGCAGCAGCUGCAGUAGUAGCCAACUCAUCUUCUCAUUCAUUAUUAAAUCUGAAUAGUGAAGCACCCACACAAUCAAGCGAAUCACCUACUACUGCUGCUGCUGCUGCUCCAGCACCCUCUGUUAUACCUAUGGAUCCUUCAAAUCCUAUCCUGACUGAAUUUUAUGAGAGGUUUACUGUUGGCCGUAUGUUCGAUACGCUUGAAGACCUUCGUAAUGAAGCUUACGAAUAUGGUCGUAAACACAAUGUGGCACUGACGACUAGUAAAUCAGACAAAACAAAGAUCUAUUUGAUCUGUAAACAUGGUGGCCAAUACCGCCGUAAUAACAAACGUCCUCCUCCUGGUACUGUCAAACCGCGUAUUCGUCGAUCACAAAAGACGGGUUGUGCAUGCAUGAUCUAUGCCCGGUAUUGUAGAGGUAGUUUCUGGGUGAUUCGCAAAAGUGUAGGUGAACACAAUCACCCUAUUGCGGAUGAUCCAAGUGCUUAUGCCAUGUAUCGAUCUUUGACGCCUGAGCAAUUGUUGAUGGUACAUAGGUUACUGCGAGAGCAUGUUGGUGUGUCUUUUAUUGUUAAAUCACUCAGAUCCAAUGGUGUAACAAAUAUUUUGGCUAAAGAUAUUGAGAAUAUACAACAAGACUUGAAAAGGAGAGAUGUAUUGGAUUUACCAAAAAAUGAAUAAAGACU